AUGAGCUUGUCUGGUAGACUUUCGGUGCUGGACAUUUUCAGAGAUUCUCCAGCCGGACAGAUCCUUAGACUGAUAAGCCGAGGACGACUUGCAAAAUACCCAGAAGAAGCAGACGACUUUGAAGCUCCCGAUUUGAAUCUGCCUUUGUCUUCUGAUCUGGGAAAGCCAGUCGCCACCAGGUCUUCCACCGAAGCUGGUAGUCAGAACUUCAAGCUGGUUAGCUGGUAUACCGAAAACGAUCCGGCAAACCCAUUGAACUGGUCUUUGGCCAAGAAAGGUUGGAUUUCCACUGUUUUGUUCUUUUACUCGUUUGCUGGCUACAUUGGUGCCUCUCUCUAUGCCGCCAGCGCCCCCGAUAUAUCUCAUAUAUUCGGUGUCAACAAUGUCGUUACCGGUCUUGGGCUUGCUAUCUACGUUUUUGCAUAUGGUAUCGGGCCUAUGCUAUUUUCUCUGCUCUCUGAGAUUCCAUCCAUUGGAAGAAACUGGCCAUAUAUCAUCUCAUUUGCCAUAUUUGUUCUUUUAUGCGUACCGACGUCGUUGGUCAAUAAUUUCGGUGGGCUGCUGGUCCUACGUUUCUUACUUGGUUUCUUUUGCUCCCCUUGUCUUGCAACUGUUGGUGCAAGCUAUAGCGAUAUGUUUGGACCUAAAGAGUUGCCGUAUGUCACUGCAAUUUGGGGUGGAGGCACAACAAUGGCUCCAGCGCUUGGCCCUCUUAUUGGUGGCGUUGCUGUAGAGGCAAUGGACUGGCAUUGGAGCUCUUGGGAGCUGCUUUGGCUCUCCACGCCGAUCUUAGUUGCAAUGUUCUUCGCAUUACCGGAAACGUCCUCGGACAGCAUCCUUCUGAAACGAGCUCAAAGGCUUCGUAUUAUCACAAGACAAAAUUUCCUGAGAUCAGAGUCCGAGUUUCGACAAUCACAGUUGAAGCCUUCACAAAUUGCAUUUGAUACCCUCGUCAAGCCUUGGGAGAUCAAUGCUUUAGAUCCAGCAAUUCUAUUCUCAACAUUCUACCUGGGCUUGAACUAUGGAACGUUUUAUUCAUUCUUCGAAUCCUUUCCUCUCGUGUAUGGUGACAUAUACAAAUUUGACUUGACGCAGGUUGGCCUCUGCUAUUUAUCAGUACUGGUUGGAUUUGCACUGGCUAUUCCUUCCCUUUGCCUGUAUUUCUGGUUCAUUGCGCCGAAGCGUCACGCCAAAUUAGACGUCAUCCCCCCAGAGGACUGUUUAUAUCCGGGACUUUACGGCACGAUGUUGAUACCUGUCGGCUUGUUUCUGUUCGCUUGGACUUCGAGAGAGAGUGUUCACUGGAUUGUGAGCCUCAUUGGAGUUGCCAUUGCAUUGACUGGCACUCUUAUUAUCACACAGGUGAUCUGUGUCUAUCUACCAUUUAGCUAUCCAAAAUAUGCUGGAUCUCUCUUCGCGGCAAAUGGACUGGCAAGAAGCUUUUUCGCCGGGGCUGCAAUCCUUUUUUCUCCCCCCAUGUUUGAGAAAUUGGGAAUUGCUGGAGGAGUCAGUCUUCUCGCCGGAUUUAGUGUCAUCUGUUCUGGAGGGCUGUUUGUGCUGUAUCAUUUCGGGGCGAGUCUCAGACAGAGAAGCAGAUUCACCAGUCUGUAA